CUCCUCGUUCGUCUUCCUCCCGCCUCGCCUCGUCGCCUCAGCCCGUUUCCCACCUUUCCCCUGCUCCCGUCAAGCUUUUUUUUUCUUCUCCUUCACGCAGCAACAUCACUUUACGCAGCAUCCUUUUUCCAUCUCGCCACCACCACAUCGCCCUCGUUUGAAAAUAUCCCGUCCUUGCUUUCGCUGCAAGUCAAGGCCCGUCCUCCAUCCACCGCCCGCUUCUUUCUUCGCGACAACGCACGCACCGUUGAAACCAAAACCCCGGACCAGCUUUUUCUCGCUCGUGUAUACAAAAACGGCCGCGUUCAUCAUCACGGCUGCCUUUCGUUGACGUCUUCAACGGCCGCCACUCUUUCAUCUAUUCUUUGUCUCGGUCUCGUUUACACGCUCGCUUGUCGCGCGUGUUUGCCGCAAUUGAUAUCGCGCGGGUCCUCGGUCUGCCUCAGCGCGCAACAUCUCGACGUCCUUCUCACACGCGCCAAUCUUUCGGUUCUCAUCCGUUGCGCAUGGAGUAGACAGCAGUUUCGACUUUUCUGCAGCCAUUGCGUUUACUUUGCGGCGCGCGCUGCCUUUUAUACAUCGUCUUCCCUGUGCCUAGUUAGUUGGCUGCCCAGCAGCUGCUAAGUUUUUCGCCAUGGUCCUUUUUAAGCGGAAGCCGGUCAAGUUUCCGCCGCCCGUCGAAAUUGACGAUGAGGACAUGGAGGUCUGGCACAUCCCACAGACGGGUGAAGUAUUUACAACAUACGAAUCAUAUUUACACCGAAUGGACUUUUACCGACAGAAAAAGUUUAACGACCAGAUCACGGGCCACUCCGGCCUUACAUUUUUCGAAGCAUAUGAGAGCGAGACCGCCGGCGCGGCCGAAGUCGAAGCGACCUUCCCCGAAGCCCUAAAGGGCCCUAUUCUGCGCAAAGUCCAGUUUCAGAUCGUUUCUCGAUUAGAUAACCUCGUCGAUGUCAUCUACGAUGAGUUCAAAGCUGAUUAUUUCCCUGGCGAAGAAGUUAGCGUGACACUCGAUAGCGGUGAACGGGCCCACGGCUUGGUCCGCGACAAGACGGCAUUCGGCCCUCGAGUCCUUCCAGACGGCACGCGAACACUCCCCUCGACGCGAUAUCUUGUGAAUCUCAAGGACUCGGAAGACGAGGCCAUGGUCACAGACGGACAAAUCUCACGGGAUCGAGGUGUCUUCACCAAAGCCAUGCUGCGCUCCUUUAUCAAGAGGACUGUCAUGCGCGAGGCUUGGACAGGUGCUCCUUGGCUAGUCAAGCACGACUAUGCCGUACAAUAUUAUAUCGAUACCAGAAUACCGCCACACCUGCGCUACGAUACCAAGCUGCAGGAGCGCAAGCAAGCUCAGGCGCAGAAGCGUGACGUGAACGGAGAGGGUCGCCUGCCCGAGCUGAAGCCCGGCAAGGGACAAAAGUCUAAAGGCGCAAAACUGAAUGGUGUCAACGGCGACCACUCGGUUAAGCGUGAAUCAACGCCUCCCCCAGCCAUCAAAUAUCCAAUUGAGGACCUGCAGCUGCAGCCCAAUGCCGAAAAGGUCCGACCUGCGCUCCGCUUCAUGUGCCGCAACGCUCCAGGCGAUGCCGAGCCAGAUGAGGAACUUAGUGGCAAGAUUGAUAUGGAAUCAGUUGGACCCUUGCUCGAGACUUGGGAUACCCUCAACGUUUACUGCGAAAUCUUCAAGCUGGAUUCGUUUACUUUUGACGACUUUGUUCAGGCCAUGUCCGUAGCGUCUGAGGAGCUUGUUGUACAGCUCUUUGAAGAGAUUCACUGCUCUGUCUUGAAGCUCUUGGUGGAUGCUGAAGCGGAUGGUGGCAAGGUUCGCAUCACGCUCCCUGAUAUUGAAGAUGAGAACAGUGAUGAAGAGGACGAAGACGAAGAGGGCGAGGAAGAGGAGCAAGAAGAAGAGGAAGAAGAAGAAGAACCCGAACCCGAAAUUAGAACCAGAGGCAGAGCUACACGUAGCAGCCUGGCGAAGCGUGAAGCUGAGAAGCUAGCCGCUGAGGCCGCGGCUGCCGAAGAAGAGAGUGUUCUUAUGGAAACCGAAUCUAAGCGCCGCGCGGAAGAGGCCAUGAAGGAAUUCGACUGGAUAGAUCAUCUUCGCAAGAGAAACUUUCCCGAUGGUGGGUGGGAGAGGAUCGUGGCCGGUCUUUUGCAUCAAUUGUCCAAAGACGAGCGCCACCAAGCCCUCUGUGAAGAGCUUUUGGCUACCUUGGUCCCAGAAGAUACAGACCCGACACCAGAGGCUGUGGCUAUCAACUAUGCCAACCUGGACAUCAAUACUCGUGUCAAGAUCCUUCAGCUGCUGUGCAUGCUUACUAUGGAAACAAAGUCGAUCCGCGGCUACAUGGACACUUGCAACGAGACCAUGACCAAGUAUAGAAAAGAGCGUGUAGAAUGGCAGCGUCAAAAGAAGCAAGCGCUUGAGGAUCUUCGUCAGCUUAACGAGCAGCGCAAAAUCCUGCUGCCCGACAACUUGCCUCCCGAGGAAGAGGAAGAAGAAAUCAAAAAGGAAGAAGAACAGUCGAUGGUUGAUGUCGACGAUGCAGCCACCGAAAAAGACGAAGAAGACGAAGACGAGGACGAAGACAGCGUUAAUGAUGGCACACGAAAGAAGCGUAGAGGCCGCAACGUUGUGGACCAGCGACGUAAGCGUGAGGAAGAGGCAGCGGCAAAGAAGGCCAAAGAAAAGGCUGAUAAGGAAGCAGCCAAGGCCUCUCAUCAGUCCAAGCAGUUCACUAAACUUCUGAAAGAAAUCAGCAAGAAGGAGGAGACAAUCAAGGAAUGCGAAGACGAAAUCGCCAUUCUGGAGAAUGACCUUCGCGAAGCCGACUGCCCACGUACGCGUGUACUAGGCAAGGACCGCUUCUGGAACCGUUACUACUGGUUUGAGCGCAACGGCAUGCCGUAUGCUGGUCUGCCCGACAGCUCAACAGCCGAAGCCGGGUACGCCAACGGGCGCAUCUGGAUCCAGGGCCCUGACGAGCUCGAGCGCGAAGGCUACAUUGACGUAGACGAAGCGCUGCAAAAAGAGUAUCGUGACAAGUUUAGCAUGACUGUGGCGGAGCGCAAGGCUACGGAAGAAGGCGCCACGCAUCUCUACACCGCGCGCCAAUGGGGCUACAUUGGCGACGUGGAGAGCCUCGACGAGCUGAUCAAGUGGCUCGAUCCGCGCGGGUUUAACGAGCUGCGGCUGCGUAAGGAGCUGACUGCGUUCCGGGACAAGAUUGCCGAGCACAUGGACAAGCGCAAGGAGUAUCUGACUGAGGAGGCCGAAGAGGACGAGGAGGACAAGAAUGAGGGCAAGCGCACUAGCUCGCGGAUCCGCGAUAAGACGCCGGAUCUCCCGAGCUAUAGGUGUCUUGACUGGGAGAAUUCCAUGGUGCUGGAGGAACUGGGCCAUUUGCAUGGUGAGCCACCACCUCCGCCGCGCCUGAGGAAGGGAAAGAAGAGAGAGGCUGUAGUGGAGGUUGCGUCGCCGAGGAGAAAGUCGAGACGGAUGUAGACGGCUUUCUUUCUCUUUUUUUGUAUGUACUUGUUGGUUUCUCUGUAUGUUUCUCUUUUCGAAGGGGUUCUCGGUUUCUUUUUGCAUUGCCAGGUCAUAAAAAUGGAUAGAAUGGGGGAGCAGGCAGGGCUUUUUUUGGUAGCUUUCUUGUUUAUAGGCAUAAUUUACUCCGUUUGCUUUUUU